AUGCGCUGGGCUCACGCACUUCCCGCCUUGGCUUCGGCCCUUCCUACGGCCCUCGGCGCCGCUAACCUCAAGUUCCUCCACCCCGAGCUGGCCGCCAAGCAGUUCGCUGCGAGGGAGAACGCCGCUGCCGCCAAGCCACCGCCCGUCGAGAAGCGGCAGCAGACACAACCUCUCUUUCUCACCGACCAGACCAAGAAAUUCGCGGUCAACGGCACGGGCCUUCCCGAGGUCAACUUCGACGUGGGCGAGUCGUACGCGGGGCUGCUGCCCAUUGAGGGCAAUGACACGAGCAACGAGCUGUUCUUCUGGUUCUUCCCGUCGACGAACCCCGUGGCGCAGAAGAAGAAGGAGAUCCUGAUCUGGCUGACGGGCGGGCCGGGCUGCUCGUCGGUCGGCGAGCUGCUGCAGGAGAACGGGCCGGUGCUGUGGCAGCCGGGCGUGUUCGCGCCCAUCGCCAACAAGUGGAGCUGGCACCACCUGACCAAUGUCGUCUGGGUUGACCAGCCGAUCGGGUCGGGCUUCUCGCACGGCGAGGUGACGGCGCGCAACGAGCAGGACGUGGCGCGCCAGUUCCUAGGGUUCUGGAAGAACUUCGUCGACGCCUUCGCCCUGCAGGGCUACACCGUCUACGUCACGGGGUCGUCGUACAGCGGCAUGUACACGCCGUACAUCUCGAGCGCCAUGCUGGACCAGAACGACACAGCCUACUACAACCUGUCGGGCAUGAUGAUCUUCGACGGGCUCUUCUCCAAGCAGGCGCUGGCCACGGAUAUUCCCGUGGCGUCCUUCGUCAACCAGUGGACCGACGUGUUCGCCUUCAACGACAGCUUCACCCAGGGCCUGCAGGCCGCCGCCCGCCAGUGCGGUUACAUGGACUAUCUGGAGAAGUACCUCGUGUUCCCGGCGGCGGGCCAGCAGCCGGCGAGCCUGCCGGGGCAGCAGCCCGACGACCUCAACGAGACGCCGGGUUGCGGCCUGUUCAUCGACGUCUACUUCGCGUCCAUGGAGCUCAACCCGUGUUUCAGCGUGUACGAGAUCGCCGACCGCUGCCCGCUGGUGUUCGACCCGCUGGGCUUCAGCGUCGGCACCGACUACAUGCCAGUGGGGUCGGGCCCCGUGUACUUUGACCGGGCCGACGUCAAGGCGGCGAUCCACGCGCUGCCGAACCAGACGUGGGAGUUCUGCGCGUCGCAGCCCGUGUUCGUCAACGGGACCGACGAGUCCGUCAACGCGGGGCCCGGCAGCCAGCCCGUCAUCCCGCACGUCGUCGACCGCACGCAGAAUGUGCUCAUCGGGCACGGCAGCCAGGACUUUGUGCUCAUCGCCGACGGCACGCUGCUGGCUAUCCAGAACAUGACGUGGGGCGGCCAGCUGGGGUUCCAGCAGAGGCCCGCCGGGCCGCUGUACGUGCCGUACCACGCCAACGACAACUUCGAGACUAUCACCGGCGCCGGCGUCAUCGGGACCGCACACACGGAGCGCGGCCUGACGUACUUUGGCGUGGCCCCCUCCGGGCACUUUUUGACCAUGGACCAGCCCGCCGUGUCGUUCCGCGGCCUCGAGAUCCUGCUCGGCCGCAUCGACAAUUUUCAGUCCACGCAGCCGUUCACCAUCGAGAUUGUCAACGCCACCGUCCAGCCGAGCGUCGCUCUCGGCAACGGGACCGUCGUCGCCAUCAACGGCAACGGCACGCUUGUUACUACGGGCGAGUCCAGCACCCAGGGUGUCAGUGCAGUCCCCACGUCGGCGGCUGCCGCGGGGCGCGGGAGCGUCGUCGGCAAACUGGCUGCUUCGCUCCUGUGCGCGCUGGCCGUGGGCGUCGCGGCGCUGCUUUAGUGGGUAAUGGGAUUGCUGCAAUGGUUGGGCUAGGGGUUAAGGCACGUGGGAUUUGGCGUUUGUAAGAGGGACCGGGGAUUGGGACAUAGGGUACACUCGGAAUCUUUGGGGCUGUUCGCUUUUGUUUUCGUGUUUGCUUCAUAGGAUCAAGUAAUAAUAGUCUCGCAAGAGUGUUCGAAAAGCUUUGUACGAGUAGCUCGUUUAGGGUGGGAACAUGAGGAGGUGGGCGUUGGAAGGAAUUUGGUCAAAUUUGAAGUAAUAAGUAGGGGUUUAAACAGAGCUUGAAGUUUAACAUUCGAGGAUUGCGGUGUUGUGUGUUGUGAGUGGGGAGGAUCGAAUUUCGGGGUUGAAAAUUAUGGGAAACUAAUUCGCAUUUGAUCUGUAGAAGUUACACGUCAAUAAGGUUGGAGAGGAAGGUGCAAUCUCUUGGCGUAGCU